CAACGACGAGAAAUCUGUCUAAACAUGACAGUAACUUUCUCGUCGUAUCAGCGCGUGGAAUGCUAUUCUCACAAGUUAUAAUUUUUACGGAGGCACCUAUCCCCACGUGCAUUUUGUAAACACAAAACAACAUCAAUUUGAUGGCUCAUUUAGUUACUUUCCCGUGGAUAGACAGAGAUGAAGUUGAACAUGUUUAUAAGGAACUAUUUAGCGACAAUGUCAUAACACAAAAGCACGCGAUUGACAGAAUUUCAGUCUGGAAAUGUAGAUCAAUGAACAGACUUCCUUCUGCUGUUGACAGCACAUGUUCUUUCAUCAGUGCACAAAUAGCUAGUACAGAUACAGAGGUAUCAUCCGUUGGAAGAGAGUUACACUUGCGUAACUUAUACAGUAUGGCUGUGAUAAGGUUUGUCAAUCACAUCACAGAAAAGGGUCAACAAGGUACAUUUGCCAGGCCGGUGCAUGUUAUUGCAUCAAAGUUCGGUGUACCUGAAUGGAUUGUAGAGUUACGACAUGAAGCAACACACGGAUCUUUACCAUCGUUGAAUGAGCUGAAAGCAGCAUCAUGCUGGGCACUCACCUGGUUGAGAGAUAAAUUCUGGGAGCCGCAAACAACAGAAACCUUUGGUGUUUCUUCAUUAAGAAGUGCAGCAGUCGACAUGUUGAAAGAUUCACUGGUUACAUAUAUGCAAAGAAUGUUCCAAGAAAUCAGUGGAGGAGAGGUUAUUUCCUGCAAGCAGCUGCUUACUGAUAUAGAACACAUGUUUGAGCAGCUUGGUAGUUGUGCAUGCCCGGCUCUUACUGAAGACGGUUACUUUAUUUUGACGGAAGAACAAUUAGAAUGUCUUGGUUACAGUUUUGGUGAUUUAAGAUCUAGUGGAAGUUUGUUGCUUCCACCUAAAGUUUUACAAAUCUGGAAGAAAAUAAUUCUCCUGUUAGUGAAAACUAACAUAUUAGCGGAUCUUUUGCUUUACAUGGCAACAGUUGUCACUGAGGUAUCUUCUUUGAGGAACACUCUACUGUGUAGUUGGUUAUACACACUCGUUUGGCAUAAUAAAAGCAAAAGAAAGAAAAUGACAAAGUCGCAGCCACAUUUAUUCCAGAGUUCUGUUGACAUUCCAUACAAGUGCUUAUUGGAAAAAUGUCUUCAUUUGAGAAAUAAAGAUGCUGAAUCGUUGCUGAAUCUGUUGGUUGAUAAUGCAAGUCUAGAUAUGGAACAGAAAGAGAAGUUGAAACAGUUUCUGUCAGUAUGUAAAACUGCACGUAAUAACAAUCAGGAAUAUGCUGUUGAGAAAGUUCAGUGUAUUAAUGAUGUAAUGAAGAAAGAGAAAACGAGCCAAAAAUCUUGGAGAAAAUGCCUAGAACCAGUCGAUUGGUCAAAAUUGCCAAUAGGGAUAUUGCCAAACCAAAUCCUUGAUUAUGCAAGUCUAGAACUUGGCUGUAGUCGGGAAGGUUCCUCAGGUGCUGAUAGGCAAAACUUACAUGGAAAACAGAAGAAAGAGGAAUUGGAAGAACAGUCAAGCUCUGAUACAAUGGAAACAACUGACUCUGGUAAUAUCAGUGACAUUGGAGCAUCAAACUAUACGUUUGACAGUUCCGUACAAUUUCAGUGGGACAAUAGAAUAAAACAAGACAUUGCAAACCAAAUGCAGCUAUUUUGAAUAGAUAAAUCAAUGCAUGUACAAUGUAUAAUUUAUUUAUAAUCUUCAUUUUAACUCACAUAAUGAAUUUAAUUUUUGUAAUUUUCUUACUAAAUUAUGUUAUAUGUAUAAAUACAAAUCCAGUUUCUGUCAUAUAUUUAACAUUUCUUGCUCAUUAUGCUUUUUGUCAAUUCUAUUACAACAAGUAGGAUUUAUCAUGUU